CACACGCCAGCCACCCCUCGACACGGAACUCGAGAAGAUCUGACGGCAUCCGAAAGUUACACAACAGCAAUUCACUCAUCCUGGUUUUGCGGUACAACGGCAUCCACUCGCCGCAGCACGCUUACUCUUGCCGUCGCACUGAUUGGACACCUUAGCAGGUCAUUGUCAUCGCGGUCUCCAGCAUGCCGCAGGUGAAAGCAGAGACGAUGGGGCUAUCCAGUAGCGAGGCGGCCGACGCUAGUCAUGCAAUGGCGGGUGAUGCGAUUGUCGAUGAUGCGCCGGCACAGUCACCUGCAACUGCGCCUGUACCUGCACCUACACCUGCGCUGCAGGUCAUUGUCUUGGGCUCCGGUGGAGGGCCUUUAGAAAACAAUGUGACGGCCUUCCUUGUGCGCUCCGUUGCGUCAGGGUGGGCCAGGGGCUCAGUUGUUGCCGUUGACGCCGGAGUACACCUCAGCGCCAUCAAGACAAUACUAGAGCAAACGCAACCGGCAAAACUAGGACAGCCAGGUGGCCCUGCAUUGCCGCAUACGCUCACCACGGGUCCUUUUGCGGGCCUCGAAGUCCAUCAUGCCACGGCCGAUGCAAACGCCGCCGAAAUCCACAAGACUCUAAUAGAAACAUACCUGAUAACACACCCUCACCUGGACCAUAUCGCAGGGUUCGUCAUCAACACGGCCGGCUUAUCAGGCUCCCGACCAAAGAAGGUCGCCGGACUCCCAAGCACCAUCACUGCCUUGAAGACACACGUCUUCAACAAUGUCAUAUGGCCGAACCUGAGCGACGAGAACAACGGUGCUGGACUUGUCACCUACAUGCGACUCGUCGAAGGCGGGUCUCCAGCGCUUGGAGAAGGAGAAGGAAGGGGCUACCUCGAAGUCUGCAGCGGGCUUGCUGUCAAGGCAUGGAGCGUCAGUCAUGGCCACUGCAUCGAGAGACACAGUCAUCGCGGUAGCAGCAGCACCCGUCAUGGCAGUUUCGACGCCUCGUCGAUGGGCCCUGGUCCUCCGCAAGUCGUGCCGACUCCUUCCCGCAACAUCCCGCAACAUACGUCUUUGCCCACCAACAUCGGCGCCUACUUGCAACAGCACGAGCGCAUACAGUCUUCGCCGGCCAGCAGGCGCGGCAGCUCGUUCUCGGUUGCACCGCCCAUCGAUGACACAGUCUGCGUCUACGACAGCUCCGUCUACUUUGUCCGGGACCUCGCCACGGGCCGCGAGAUCCUCAUAUUUGGCGACGUUGAGCCAGACAGCAUCAGUCUCUCGCCACGCAACCGGCAAGUUUGGCAGGAGGUGGCGCCCAGGAUCGUCUCGGGCGACCUGGCCGCCAUUUUUAUCGAGUGUAGCUACGACGAUUCGCGGUGCGAUGAGCGCCUCUUCGGCCACCUCACCCCUCGGUUCGUUUGCGAAGAGAUGAUAGCGCUGGCGGAGGAGGUCAUUGCACUGCGGCUAGAAAAAGAGAGAGUCAUGUCUGGUGGCCGAGUCGGCGCCGAAAGGAAACGCAAACGCCUCAGCGAUGAGGGCUCCCUGCCGAAGCGCAAAAACACUCCUCAGCCAAGAGGGCCAAUCUCGGCCGCCGAUAUCCCACUUUCCCCUCGGAGCAUCGACCCUAGCUGGCACAUCAAGCCCGCUGUCAACCCCGUCUCCGCCUAUACGUCGGACUUCCGAGACCGCAGCCAAGACCGCAUCCCGAAAACUAUCCCGCUUCCGACACAUCCCCUACGGAGCACAACCACUGUCGAACCCAACGCCGCUGAGGCGAAAGGACAAGACCAAGAUGCGACAUCGCGGGCAGUGCCCGAGCCGAGCCCCACGCCGAUGUCGGCAGCAACAUCAGCAACGGCGGCAUCGACGGCCGUCACGCCGCUGGCCGUCGCCACGUCUCAGCUACACCUGCUACAGCAGGAAAACGACGAGAGUCACUCCUCCUCCUCCACUAGUCCUUCCCUGCGGAAUGCGCUCAGGGGGCUCCAGGUGGUGGUGAUACACGUCAAGGAAACGAUGCUUGACGGGCCGAGCGCCGGGAACGUGAUAUUGGAGGAGCUGAGGGCGCACGAGCGGGAGGCGGGCCUGGGAAUCGAGUUCUCGAUCAGUGAGGCGGGAAGUCAGUAUUUCUUUUAGGUCUCUGAUUUGCUUCCCUUUCCUUUUUGUUUUUUUUUUCUCUGGGCUGAGUGUCCCUCACUUUUGGACUUGAAGGAGGUGCUGCUAGUUAGUACGAGGUGUAU